AUGGGUUUACGAGAUAUAUUUCGAAAAUAUUUAAAAGGAGAUGAUACCUCAUCUCAUUCGAAUCUAAAUGAGAAAACAAAAAUACAGCAGCAGCAACAAAAACAAAAUACAUGUGGGAUACAAGCUCUUGAUAAAAAUGCUCCUAUACUAGCAAAUAUUUCGGAAAAAUAUCGUCAAUUUCCAUUUGCAACACGUCGUAAUGCUGUCACUGAUGAAUAUGAAGUAUCAAAAGAAUCAUUAGGUGUUGGUAUUAAUGGUAAAGUUUUAACAUGUUGGCAAAAGGAAACAAAACGUAAAUGUGCUUUAAAAAUAUUAAAAGAUUGUGAUAAAGCACGACGUGAAGUUAUUCUACAUAAAAAAGCUUGUGAAGGUUGUGAAUAUAUUGUUCGUGUACUUGAUGUUUAUGAAAAUAUGUAUGCAUCAAAUCGAUGUUUAUUGAUCGUAAUGGAAUGUAUGGAUGGUGGAGAAUUAUUUAAUCGUAUAAGAGAUAGACAAGAUAAACCAUUUACAGAACGAGAAGCAGCGAAUACUAUUUUAAUGAUAGCUAAAGCUGUUGCACAUUUACAUCAUAUGGAUAUGGCUCAUCGUGAUCUCAAGCCAGAAAAUUUACUCUUCACAAGUACUGCUGAUAAUGCUAUACUUAAAUUAACAGAUUUUGGAUUUGCCAAAGAAGGUAACAAUGAACAACAGCCGUUAAAUACACCAUGUUAUACUCCAUAUUAUGUUGCUCCGGAAAUUUUGUCCAAUGAUAAAUAUGAUAAGGCAUGUGAUAUAUGGUCAAUGGGUGUGAUAAUGUACAUUCUUUUAUGUGGUUAUCCACCGUUUUUUUCUAUACACGGUGGUGCUAUUAGUGCUGGAAUGAAAACGAAAAUUAAAGCUGGUGAAUAUCAAUUUCCAAAAGCUGAAUGGAAAAAUGUUUCACAGGAAGCAAAAUCAAUUAUACAAAAAAUGUUAACGGUUGAUCCAGCUGCACGUGUUACUAUUGAUUGGAUUAUUCGAUGUCCAUGGUUUACAGGUGAUAUACCAGAAACACCAAUUGAUAUGCGUCCAAUGCUUGAUACAGACACUUUUGAACAGACGAGAGUUGCAAUUGCUGCUGCCAAUCAUAAUCAACGUCGAGCUGAUGCCGAUGACGAAGAAAAUAUAAAUCUUCUUACACCAGAUAAAUCACGUAUUGCACAACGUGCUGCUAAACGACAACGACCAACUGUUGCUGAAAAUCUUUCAGCACCAUUAUCACAAAUUGAGGAAUGA